UAGUCUACCGAUCUUAUAAAGGUAAACUGCUUCUUGUCACAGCAGUGGGGACUCGCCGCGACUGCAGACAUGCCGGGAAUAUUGCUGGGAGAUGUCUUUCCAAAUUUCGAAGCUGAUACAACAAUCGGCAAAAUAAAAUUUCACGAUUUUUUGGGAGACUCAUGGGGGGUUCUCUUCUCCCAUCCUCGUGACUUCACGCCAGUAUGCACCACAGAACUGGCCUGCGCAGCCAAAGUGAGUGACCAGUUUGUGAAGCGCAAUGUGAAGAUGAUCGCUCUGUCCAUCGACAGUGUGGCGGACCAUCUCGCCUGGAGCAAGGAUGUGAUGGCCCUCCACCCUGACCAGGCAGGCACCCCCAUGCCCUUCCCCAUCAUCGCGGACCACAACCGGGAGCUCUCUGUGAAGCUGGGGAUGCUGGAUCCUGAUGAGCUGGAUAAGGACGGCCUGCCCCUGACUGCUCGCUGUGUGUUUGUGAUCGGCCCGGACAAGAAAAUGAAGCUCUCCAUUCUGUACCCCGCCACAACGGGGCGCAAUUUCAAUGAACUGCUGAGGGUUAUCGACUCCCUGCAGCUGACGGCCCAGAAGAAAGUGGCCACACCAGUCGACUGGAAGGUUGGCGAUAAGGUCAUGGUCAUCCCUUCGCUGUCUGACGAAGAGGCAAAGAAGCUCUUCCCCAACGGCUUCACCACUAAAGAAGUGCCUUCUGGGAAAAAAUACCUGCGUUACACACAGCCAUGAAGCGGCUUGACUAGACAGAUUGUGCUUAGAUGAUCUGUUCAGUAUUGCCAUUACAUUUUCAUCUGUGAUUGCAGAGUAACAUAUAUUCUUCUCUAACCAUACAGCAGCACUUAUAGCUAAUUACACACAGCCUUUAACAACUGGAAGAAGAUAUAUUGACUGCAUACACUGUUUUUGCGGGAACAAUUAAAUAUAGGGUCUGAAAGUCCUUAGUGCCUUACUUCAGUGUAAAUGAAAUAAAUCUUUUCAUAGAUA